AUGUACCUCCUUCCUGAAUGUCUUAACGCUGUGAAAUACCGUGCCUUUUGGGAGAGUACGGACCAGCCUUCUCUCAAGAAAUUUUUAGAUUUUCGGCUUUCAGCUGGCGACAUAGAAGAUUCAAGAGUUGAAUACGAUCGUUACAAGAAAGAAUUAGACGAAAUCAGCAAAUUUUAUGCUGAAGCAUCUAAGUCUGGGCAGGAAGUGCAAAGGUGGAAAAAUGCUUUCAAGGCAAGUAACGGGAAAGACUGCUUGUCUGUUGGUGAGCUUGCUCCACGAACCGCCUUGAGACUCAUCAUACCAUUAAGUACACCAACUACUCUACAAUCUUGCGCGCUUGUAGUGGGAACGACUGCUUGUCUGUUGGAAAGUAAACGGUCAUCAGCGAUAAAGAAUUUUUGGAAACUUCAAAACGAAAGACAAAAUCUUAUAAUGAAGAACCAGUUGGUUGAAGAUAAGGUCAAUUUUCGAAAAGAAAAAGCAAAUGCGAAGGUUCAAAAGUUGCAGACAAACCAGUACAUAACCGUUGCCACAGUAGCGACAGAACAAAUUCAACAAUAUGCCAAAUCAACCACCACCAGCAUAACGAAGAGGUUUUUUGAUAAUGACAACGAAAGAACAGCAAAACGUACCAGGACUAAUAAGGAUAGUGAAGACGAUGAUGGUACCGAAAACAGUCCUUUUUUGGAAUCAGUUGAGAAUUUAUCUUCUGUCUCUCUUAAAAACCAAUUCUCUCUCGACAAUGAUCCUUUUCCGAUGUCGGGCAAAAAAUCAUCCAAUAAUGACAAGGAUAUAAUAGAUGAAUUCUUUUCCGGUCCAUCUACGCAAGUUUCACAUGAUCUAGUAAUGACAGAAUACCCACAGCAAACAUUGCCAUGCAUCCUUAAAUCUGGUGAGAAUUUCACCGAUGUGUGGAAUAAGUAUUUGCUUAAAAUUGACUUGCAUCAAUGGAGAGUGGAGAAUGAUAGCAUUGUGGUAACUUUCCAGAACGACAUACUCAAAUCUAUGUGUUUGAAAGAAAGCUGGGAGCAAAUCCGAGGCCAAAAACUACAUCUCGCGGAAGAAAAUUUAUUGGAGAGACUUAGUCCUGUUUUUCAAAAGAUAGAAGAUGAGAAGCAGUCUUUAUUGCGGAAAUUUGCGCAAGUGUGGACAGCUAUAGGUGAAGACGACAUCAGCUUGUUUGAGCAGUAUGCAUUACUAGUUAUCCAUAUCUUUAUUAGCGAAUUCACAAGUAAAAGAAGCGCGAUCUCACAUCCCUCAACUACAGAGGCCAUGUGGAGUACAAUAAUGAGCUUUAUAACAGGGAAAGCGAUACGGAGUGGAUAUGUAGAAUAUACAUGGGGAGAGGUCGAGUUAGAUUCGACGGCAUUAAGAAAAGAUAGUGGGCGUGAUAUUCUCUCUCUCCCAAGAGUUGCAACAGGGCACAAAGGAGAUGGAACGGGAUUAUCAAAUGAUGGGCGUGAAUGCUUUGUUAUGGAAAUAUCUUAUGCUCCGCAAGAUCAAGAUAGGCGGAAGACAGCUAAAGAUCUUUAUAAAUUGCUUCGAGAAAUGAGAGAUAUGCUUCAUAUAUCUAAGAAAGAAAAACGCGAAUUAGGUUACAAGAUACCAAAAGAGGGUUUGUGCGUAUAUGGCUCACAGUGUUAUGGAUACACACAAGAUUUGUUUGAGAUGGAGUACAUUAAUCCCUUCUACAUAGCUCGAAAAAUCGGGUCUGUAAAGAUUUCCAACAAUGAUAUCACAAAACUUGCCUUCGUUCUGCGGAUGAUGUGGGCAUUUAAAGAAAGGGUUGCCUCGGCGAAUGAAGUAUGGAACAACUUAGAAAGUCGAUAUGAAAAUUAUACAACGCUAGAAUCAUCUGAUGAUGGAGAUAACUUCACAAAAAUGACCCCAAAGAAACAAUCAAAACGAAAAGAAAAUGAAAAGCGGUUUGUAAAAUUGGAACAGAAGCAAUUACAAAAUAAUACUGAUGUUAAUGUAUCUGACCCUGUUAUAAACCAGUGUGUUGAUACUAAUUCCAAAUCGGUAGAAGGUGAUACACCUAAACAGACAAACUUACGAUGUGUUGAUACUCCCGCAUCUUACAAUUCAAAUUCUGAUGCAGGUCAGGAAGAAUCGGCUAUCCAGGACUUAUCAUACAGUAGUACAGAAACCAUUCUCUCAAAAAAUGAUCGAGAUGUAAAUUUAUCAUGCGAUACAAAAAAUACUAAUGGUCAAGCUGAAAUUUCUGAAUUAGAGCAAGAUAAUGAGUGUGAUAAAAAUCAAAUUGUAGAACGGGGUUUAAUAGAAGAAUUACAUUUAUCUACUGAGAAUGAGGUGGAGACCCGAAAAUUCGUACCUUCCUGA